UCAAUAUGGUAAUAUCUUAAAUGGUUCCCAAUAAUCUAAGUUAGGGGACCAAUCAAUCACUCACCUCAAUUUUUUUCAAAGUGAGAUUAAAACAACAACAAAUGUUAUUUUUAUUUACAGAGGAAAAGCACAGAAUUAAAUUUCAGGACAAACCCGGAAGACCCCAACUCAACAUGCGAACUCCAAGUAGAUUGGACAAAUGUUCAGAACAAAGUUAUUAAGAACCUGUGCAUUCUCAUCGUCAAUGACAACACCGGGGAUGCUGCAUUCUCUUUUCUUUCUCUCCACAAUGUGGAAGACGAAGUCAGUCUCCCAGAUAUACAAAUCAAUAUAUCAUCAGAACCAUUCACGGUGUACGUCUAUGGUCUGGAGAGAACCCUGAGGCGGGUGCCCUAUGUUUACAAGGCUUGUGCAAGUGGGACGAAGAAACUAACAUACACAGCAGGUCAGACUAACAGCUGGAAGUUAGAUUUAGAAGCACACAGUGUUGGCCCUUUGAGUAUGACAGAGCACAAAGAUUUAGUUGGACAAGAACCUUUCAGCAUGACACACAGAAUGUUCUUUAACAGAAUAAUUCUGAACACGACACAGAUGGAACUUCCUCAAGAUGUUCUGGUGGUUCUCAAGGAACACGAAGAGUCCAAUGAAAUAUUCUGGCUCAGUGGUCCAGAAUCCAUCAUCAAAGAUUCCAAUGACAUAUUCUGGCUCAUUGAUCCAGAAUCCAAGUCUUCUAUCAAUCUACCUUUUGACGUCCUGUCCCCUGGCACCACUACGGUUAAAGUGUACACACUGGAGAAAGUGUACUGCAAAACAGGCUUGAUGAUUUACCACAAUGAGGCAUCAUCCCUGGAACUGAACCUAAACAUAACUCAAAUUCCACCAGCACCUACUAAAAAGCCAGACUUGACCCUUCAAGAGAUGGAAACUUUGAUGAGUAAAGCCAUAGAUUACAUGUCACCACAAUCAAUGAUGUAUCCACUAAAACAUCUGUACCGGAAUAAGUCACCUUCCUACUAUGACAGUAUCCUCAAACUUCACGAUGGUGUCAUGGAGACAUACUGUAAGGACUACAACGGCGAUGAAGGAUCCUGCAUCAACGGCGUCAUCGAUGGACUGUUCUUUAGCGCGGGUCUUGACCGCUAUACUAAAAAGCCACUUGAUUUUUCAUACUUUGGCAAAAAACGACUAUACAUUCCUCCUCAGAUGAUCAUAACAAAGGACACUAACAUGUACUUCUCUGAUUUCUACUGCCACAAUGUACAACACUAUGUUACUGUGGUUGUCACGAAAUCUGGCUCUCAUGCAGAUGACUUCUGCAAAGGGAGGUUACUCCAACUGGAUGCAGAGGACAAUCAGUUUAUCUGCACAGAGAAUUUUCAGUCAUUCUCCGUCACCACGCCAAAAGUAUCAGUGGAAAUCUUUUACACAGAAGAUAUAGACAUUACAUCUUUAAAGACAAAACCAGGUGUUGAGUUCACUGAAGUUCGAAUCGGAGGCAUAGGAAAGAGCAUGAAAUAUGGCAUUCCAAAAAGGAAAUAUUGUACAAUAUGCCAGCUGUAAAGUAAUUUACAGAGAUGCCAAAACUGAACAAGAAUUCUGCAGAAUGUCUCAUCUAUCAUAAACUAAUUCAUGGUGCUGACAGUUGCAUCUGUAGAUGUUCAUCUCAAUGCAUGUUAAAAAAAAAAAUCUAAAUUAACAAAAAAUUCAAUAAACUUGAAAAAGAAAAGCUGAAUUAACAUUUUAAUAAAAAAAAAUUGGAUUUCAUUUAAUUAUUAAUUAAAAAAAAAAUUCAAGAUGCACAUCCAUAGGUGCAACUACAAGCCAAGUUUUAUUAAUCUAAUUUAUAAGAAAUGGAGCUGAAAGUGAAACUUUAAUGCUUAGCUAAAUGCAAAAGUUGUGGUCGCUGCCGUUGCCAUGGAAAAGUAAUACUUAUACAUCAUCUUUUUACUUUGUAAUAGCGAGACAAAAAUUAGUUUUUAAUUAAUUUCAUUUAAUCUAAAAAUAAUUUAAGUUUUUGUUAUGAAUUGUUUUCUAUAAAAAUGACUUGUCUCACUGGAUAUUAAAAAAAAAAAUCAGUUUUCAUGUUAAUUUAGAGUAAAAAUUGUAGUUUUGGUCUAAUUUAUAACUGAAAAAAACCCUGUAAUUAUUGUCUUACUGCCAACUGAGAGUAAUUUAACAUCAAAAUUGUGCUUAAUUAGCAAAUACUUAAGCAUAUUAGCCAGCCACCGCUGUAUCAGGCAACCACCUCAAUUAGAUAAAUGAAUGAAUGAAUGAAUGAAUGAAUGUUUAACGACACCCCAGCAAGAUCAAUUAGAAAACCACCUGUAUCAGGCCCCCCCCCCCCC